AAAGCGGCAGGACUCGGUGCGCGAGACUCAAAAUAAUUCCUGCCCCUCCCCCCAACCAUAGACACACAGACACAGACACAGAGACAGAGCCCGUGUGUGAACAGAGACUGACAGCUCACCAGCUGAGAAACAAGAGAAGAUGGAAGACGACGCGCCCGUCAUCUAUGGGCUGGAGUUUCAGGCACGUGCUUUAACACCACAAACUGCAGAAACUGAUGCAGUCAGGUUCCUCGUAGGCACUCAAUCUUUGAAGUAUGAUAAUCAGAUACACAUCAUAGAUUUUGAUGAUGAAAAUAACAUUAUUAACAAGAACGUCCUUCUGCAUCAAGUAGGAGAAAUAUGGCACAUGAGUACCAGCCCUACAGAUAAAGGAGUUCUGGCAACAUGCUACAAUAAAACUUCAGAUAGUAAAGUCCUAACAUGUGCUGCUAUAUGGCGCAUGCCAAAGGAAUUGGAAUCAGGCAGUCAUGAAUCUCCUGACGAUUCAUCAAGCAACCCACAGACAUUGGAACUGCUUUGUCACCUUGACAACACAACCUAUGGCAACAUGUCUUGUGUUUUAUGGGAGCCAAUGGGAUAUGGUACAAAGAUAGCAUCACUGACUGAUAAUUAUAUUCUACUUUGGGAUUUACAAGAAAGCUCAAGCAAGGCAGUGCUCUCAAGUUCUACAACCUUAAAAGGAAAAGGUCAGUUAAAGUUUACUUCGGGAUGCUGGAGUCCUCAUCACAACUGUACACAACUUGCCACAGCUAAUGAUACAGCUAUUCGAGGUUGGGAUACUAGAACUACUUGUCAAGUUUAUUGCAUUGAAAAUGCCCAUGGCCAACUGGUACGAGAUCUUGACUUCAAUCCCAACAAGCAGUACUACUUAGCAAGCUGUGGGGAUGACUGUAAAGUCAAGUUCUGGGACACCAGAAAUGUUCAUGAACCAGUCAAGACUUUGGAAGAACAUUCCCACUGGGUAUGGAGUGUCCGAUAUAACCAUUCACACGAUCAAUUGGUGUUGACUGCCAGCAGUGACAGCAGAGUCAUCCUUUCCAACAUGGUUUCCAUUUCAUCAGAGCCCUUUGGCCAUCUGGUGGAUGAUGAUGACUUAAGUGACCACGAAGACAAUCACAAUGAAGACAAGUUGUGCCCUCGGGUCCUCAUCUCUCUUGCCAAAGAAAACAUCUUCCCAAAAUCGACUCUGUCCGGGAAAGAACCACUACAGGACAGUAUAAUAGCUACAUACGAAGAGCAUGAAGAUAGUGUCUAUGCUGUUGAAUGGUCCUCAGCCGAUCCAUGGUUAUUUGCAUCUUUAAGUUAUGAUGGAAGACUGGUGAUAAACCGGGUACCACGAGCAUUAAAAUACAGCAUUUUGUUGUAAUUUUGCAGCAAAAUAAACUCUUUUGGUGAAGGGGUAUGGGGGCGCGGGAGGGGUGGAAGUUAAAAUUCUGAUUUGCUUUGGGCAGGGCAAAACCUUCAGCACAUUGGUAGACCUAGAAGUCUGGGUUCCUCUGAGUGCUGUGAAAUGUUAACACUACAGCAUAUGUCUUUGAUGUUGACUUAUUCCACAUUUAGAAGUUAGGUCUAGCUUCCUACUGGGCAGGCUGCACUCUGGAGAAAUCCAAAUGGGCCAGGUGGAUCCAGUCCAGGACCUUGAAGUGAGUAGGAGUCUGAUUCAUGACCCUUACAGAAGGGUCCAACCAAGACCACAGGGUUGCUAGCUCAGGUAUGUGUUGGAGAAAGGACUCUUGUGAAGGUACUUGCCCUUUCCCUGAGGUGACUCUUCCUUUGCUGCUGAUGCCACUGUUGCUCCUGCUUGGGAAACCUGGUUGGCAACAGUUAAAUUUGCAAAGCAGAGUAGAUACAGAGCUUCAUAACUAAAUGUCUGCAACACGCCAAUCCAUCUUCUGAGAGAGGGUUGACUGCCUGCCCCUUGACCCAUGGUUGCCCACUCAUUGUCUUACUUGAAUAAAACUUAAAUGUUGAUGGGUAGGAACCAACUUCUCAACAUGUUAGUGUUUUUUAUCCAUUUAAUUCCCUACCUGUGACCAAUCCAGCCUGCUCAUCAAUGUUGAAAUUUCCACAAUAGUUCCUUGAUUUUGAAUUACUCUUGUACAGUUUCUGUCAUAUGAAAUUCUGAAUAAAGAUUUACAUUAAAAGA